AUGACCUUUCUUAGAAAAGACAAGUCUAAGCUGGACCUCCGCCUGGUGUUUUCCAUGAGUUCUGCUGGCGGAACUCAGGGUGGCCAGGAAGGUGCCUCAGAACAACGAAUUGAACAGGCUUCAGAUACGGCGCUGGGCGCUGGUGCAGAGGCUUCAAACACUGAAGCCAGUGGCAGUCAUGAGAAACGAGAAAAGUCGUCGGUAACGCCGAAAUUGUCCAUGACCUCGUUCCUGGCUCCUUCAUCAAGAAAACCGUCGACUACUCCUCUCUCCCACCCUGCGUCGCAGAGAGUGCCAGCAGGGGUUCUGGAGCAACGUCACUCGUUUAAGCCCAGUGCUUUGGCCACGUCAACAAGUGUCCCGGAACCUUCGCCCACGAAUACGAAUUUUUCGGCCUCAAGCGUCGCAUUCAACUCGACGAGGGGAAACCAACACAAUGCCACUCUGGGCCUGCUUCUGCCGGUUUCUCUGUCUGGUUCUGGGUCUCUGGAUCAUCAUGCCCCUUAUCGUUUGGAAGCACGCUCCCGUUCGUCCGGCUCGGUGGUAAACGACGACCAACAAAAUCAGGCUCUGAGCCAGGGAAGACCCAACUUUUACAGAACAAAUACCACUGAAAAUUAUCUGCCGAGACUGCUGGUGGUGCUGAUGCAGCAGCUGCCUGAACAGAAUGAGCUGCAUGCAAAUGACGAUUCUGUACUCAAGAAUAACUACAGAGGGUUCCACGGCACGAAAGCACCUCAAGCGAACGUGCCCCCAUUGAGCCAUCCCAUCAAGCCAAGAUUUAGGAAAAAGGGCUCGAGCUUGCUCAAUAAGCUCAUACAUUCUAAUAGAAAGGAUUCAGAGGUGUCUGCUGACCAUGAGGCAUCCUCCGGUGGUCGUAAGAGUGGCGGUCUGCUUAGUCACGCGGCGGACCACAAGGGCUCUACAAGCUCAGGAUCAUCUAAACAUAAGUUCAGGUUACCUUCCAUUUCGCUGUACCAUCAUCACCAACAUCAGGGUGCUUCUAGCCAAGGUCAUAGCGACGCAUCGUCUCGCCAUGCUUCCAUUUCUGAAGAGGCGUCUCUGCGGUCUGGAAAAGGCACGGGUGAGACCCCGCGUAGAAAGUCUGCUAGCAGUGCCUCAGAUGCUCUUCAAUCGAGCCCAUCCAAGGUUUUUGACCUCGAUUUAAAUUUCGAUGAAAUGCAGAGCAUUCUCAGAAAGCCGGAUAAGGCGCCCAUUCGUCCUUCUCUCAAGCUGGCCAACAAUAGCUCAACUGACGUGAGUGAUCCUGUCAAGGGCGAGGAUCAUGUGAAACCAGCAGCUGGUUGGCAAGCACCGGACUCUUGGGAUGUCACUGGAGAAAUUCCAAACCCAGCGUCUGUGACAUCCACAGCUGUUGCAAAUGAAGCUCAAUCAGACCAUUCGUCGAAUUCCGAUCUUAGCAAAACAGACGAUGGUGGUGAGGUCUCACAUAAGGUAGGCAACAAGUCACUGUCGAGCUCAGUACGGAGCCUGGCGUCCUCAAAGGAGGGCCCUCAGGCUACUGUGAUUGAUCAUAGUGCAUCUGUGGAAAAGAAAAGAAAAUCAGAACCCCGCACCGCUGCUCCAAGACGUCGCCUUCCAAUUCUCUUCGGUACAUGGGCUAAUCGGUCGCCUGCAGUGGAAAGCAAAUUGGCAAAGGGUCCCAACCAUAUUGUUCGUGUGUUCAAGGAGGAUAACACGUUCACAACCAUCUUGUGUCCUUUGGAAACUAAUGCCGCCGAACUAUUGAGAAUAGUGCAGAGAAAAUUUUUCUUCGAAUCAAUAUCAAAUUAUCACCUUGCUCUAUAUGUUGGUCGCAAUGUCAAAGUUUUGGAACCAUUUGAGAAGCCAUUGAAGAUCCAGAUGGGCUUAUUGAGUCUCAGUGGAUAUACCGAAAAUGACAACUUCAGAAUUAUUGGAAGGGAGGAUUUAUCUUUCGUGUGCAAGUUAGUUGUGGAGAAUAAGGUGUUGAGAAAUUUGACACAUGAAGAAGAGUCCUUGGUCACAAAAGAUUAUGUUGAUGUCGACAUAUCUGGCUUAGACCUAAAGAACAUUCCCAUCAUCUUUCAUCAACAUACCUAUGAAAUCGAAAAACUUAAUGUUUCAGACAAUCCUGCGAUAUAUAUUCCAUUGGACUUUAUCCAGUCUUGUACGAAUCUUUCGGCUAUCAAUUUUUCUCGCAAUGGUUGUUCCAAGUUCCCAGUCAACUUUCUUGAGGCGAGAGAUUUGACAUCACUCAACAUGGAGGCAAAUUUUUUGGAUGAACUUCCUUCGAAGUUCGGCGUGUUGAGUAAUUUGGUGACCUUAAAACUCAACUCCAAUCAGCUCUAUGAUCUACCUAAAUCAUUCGGGAAACUAAAUAACUUGACACACCUCAACUUAUCUUCUAAUUAUUUUGAGGAUUAUCCAGAGUGCAUUAACGACUUAACCAAUUUACAAGAUCUUGAUUUAUCCUACAAUGACUUGUACCACAUUCCUGAUUCGAUUGCCAAAUUAUCGAAGUUGGUGAAAUUGAAUCUAUGCACCAACAAGUUGUCAGGCAAUAUCCCCGAUAGCUUCAAGAGCCUCAUCAAUCUUAAGAGAUUAGAUAUUCGUUACAAUCAGAUUUCUAACGUCGAUGUCCUCGGUGACUUACCCAGUUUAGAAGUGGUUUACGCCUCAAAGAACAAGAUCUCGGCAUUUAACGACAAGAUGGAAAAGCUCAGAUUGCUUCAUUUUGACAGAAACCCAAUUACCAAUUUGGAAUUUGAAAUUUUGCUUCCGAUGUUGACAGUUCUUGAUUUGUCGAAGGCUAAGCUUACUAUGUUGCCUUCCGAAUUUGUCACCAAAAUACCACACAUCGAAAAGUUGGUACUCGACAAGAAUCAUUUGGUCAAUUUACCUGAGGAGCUUGGUGAUCUCCCUAGACUCACCCACCUAUCGCUUUACGGUAACAACAUUCAAGGCAUUCCCGUGUCUAUUGGAAAGCUUCACUCUUUGCAAUACUUAGAUUUGCAUUCUAACAAUAUACUGAGCUUGCCGGACGAGAUUUGGAAUUUGAAGAGCUUAUCUGUGUUGAAUGUUGCAUCAAAUCUACUUUCUUCUUUCCCUCAACCCCUGUUCGCCAUUGCCAAGAAGAUAUCAUCGUCGGUGAAUCUCAGACAAGAUGGUGUUGAAUCCUUGGAAGAGGCCAACGAGCUUAAUGCUUCGGCUUUGAAGGAAGGUCCGGUAUCUAUUGCCGACAGCUUAUUGUCGCUUACCCUAGCAGACAAUCGCCUAAGCGAUGAUUGCUUCGAGGCUAUUUCGUUGCUCACACAGUUGAAAUGCUUGAAUCUAGCUUACAAUGAUAUCCUCGAAAUUCCUGAGGGAGGGCUCGCGAAUUUGAAGAAGUUGUCGGAACUUUACCUCUCAGGAAAUGGCCUCACGAAGCUACCUGCUGAUGAUCUUGAGGAGCUUUCCGCACUCAGACUAUUGUUCCUCAACAACAAUAAACUAACGACUCUUCCAUCAGAGAUUAGUAAACUCGAGAAUCUUACGUACUUUGACGCUGGUUCCAACUUAUUAAGGUACAAUAUCUCCAACUGGCCAUACGAUUGGAAUUGGUUUGCUAAUCCGAAGUUGCGGUAUCUCAAUUUUUCCGGAAACAAACGCUUUGAAAUAAAGCAGAGCUAUGUGAAGAAUCCUGUCACAGGUGAAGAUCUUGAUAGUCUUUUGGUACUCAAGAAUUUGAAGGUAUUAGGUCUUAUGGAUGUCACGUUGACCACUCCUGCUGUUCCAGAUCCCGGUGUUGAUGUGCGCCUCAGAACAGCAUCGUCUGAAUUGGAUAAUGUCGGAUAUGGUGUCUCUGAUUCCAUGGGUCUUAGAGAGCAUAUUUCAUUUAGAGAUGUUUUCAUGCAAAAGUUCCGCGGGAACGAAAAUGAACAGUUGUUAUGCUCUUUUGAUGGAAAAUCGGGAGGUCAUCAAGUCAUGGGACACCAUCUUUCUCAUUUAACUAAGCAAAUUUUUGUUCCCAACCUCACCUAUGAGCUUAACAAAAUCUCCUCUGACCACGAAAUAGCAGAUGCCAUGAGAAGAGCAUUCUUAUCAUUGAACAAAGAAAUCAAUGCGGUGUUUGCUGCAAAGAAGGGGGGAUAUUUCGCACCCAACACAGUCAGCCCCGAAUUAGCUUCUAUCAAGAUUCCCGAUGAUUCAUUGAAUGGUUGUACCAUGUGUGCUCUUUACAUCAAGGAUAAAACGAUCUAUUGUGGUAACAUUGGUGACAUCCAGCUAGUGUUAUCAAAGAGUAAUGGAGAACAUGUUCUUCUCACUACCAAUCAUGAUCCAACCAGCAGGGACGAAUUCGAGAGAGUUCGUGCUUGCGGUGGUUAUGUUUCGGGUGAUGGUGCUCUUGAUGGCACUCUUCAAGUUUCUCGUGGUGCGGGAUUCUUCGACUACCUUCCACAUACACAUUCAGGUCCAAGCAUCUCUACUUACCCACUUUCUGGUAACGAUGAUGUACUCGUGAUGGGUACGAGGGUACUUUGGGAUUUUGUCUCGUAUGAUUUAGCCGUUGAUAUUCUCCGUCAAGCGAAAGAAGAUCCGAUGAUUGCAGCUCAAAAGUUGAGGGAUUAUGCUAUAGGUUACGGUGCCACGGACAAGAUAUCUGUGAAUGUGAUUUCGAUUGGCGAUCGCAAGAGUAAGAAGAAGAAGAGCUUGUACAACAAUUUGGGACGCGAAACCGAUCUCUUUGCCAACAAGAGAAGAAGAGAUAGGGGAGCUCAAUCUGGUGAUACAGCACUUCGAGCGUUGGAUAACGAAAUUGAACCUCCAGUGGGCGACCUAGCAUUGGUUUUCACGGAUAUCAAAAACUCGACACUUUUGUGGGAUACCUAUCCUGUGGUGAUGCGUUCUGCCAUCAAAUUACACAAUACUAUUAUGCGUCGUCAAUUGAGAAUUGUGGGAGGUUAUGAGGUGAAGACUGAAGGAGACUCUUUUAUGGUUACAUUCCCGUCGCCCACCUCGGCUUUACUAUGGUGCUUUAAUGUUCAGUAUCAAUUAUUAAAUGAGGAGUGGCCCUCCGAAAUUUUAGAAACCAACGAAUGUUGCGAAGUUACUGACGGUGAUAACAAUGUCAUAUUCAGAGGGUUGUCAGUGAGAAUGGGAAUCCAUUGGGGUUCACCAGUGUGUGAACUCGAUAUGGUUACUAGAAGAAUGGACUAUUUUGGACCGAUGGUGAACCGUGCUUCAAGAAUCGAGUCCAGUGCCGAUGGUGGACAGAUUGCUGUUAGUUCCGACUUCCUUCACGAAAUGGAGCAAUUGUAUCACAUUCAUGAUAGCAUAAAAAUAGGAGAACUAUCUCUCGAAGCAGCUUACGAGGGUAACUUGCGUGCUGGAGAAAUUAUCGAGAAGGAAAUAGCUUCAUUGGAAGAGAUGGGCGUGUCUUAUUUCCCUCUAGGUGAACGCAAAUUGAAGGGCCUUGAAACACCUGAGAUGAUAACGCUAGUGUAUCCAAAACGUUUGGAGCUUAGAUUUGAAAUUUUUAAGAAGAGAGCUGAUGAAGAUGAUCAGUAUAAGGGCAGAAUUGUUGGUGCCGUUCCGGUUGACGCUGUGUAUCAGUUGCGCACGCUCUCACUUCGUUUGGAAAAUAUCUGUGCUGCCGUCAACGUUGGUAUGAGGAUGGACGAAAAUUUCCUGAAGCACUCUUCGGAAAUUAUUCUGGAAUCGACGGCCAAGAGGUUCAAAGAAAUGGAGCUUGUUGCUCUCUUGAAUCAUCUGGUUACUAGGAUAGAAAACAGUAUUGCCAAUCUUGAACUUCGGCAAACAUUACUUCGAAGGAAUGGUGGAAACGGUCGCAUAGACUUCUUCGGCAGUCCGGACAUUUGGACACUCAUGGAUGAGGUCAAACAAUUUAUCAAAUCUGCCAAUAUCAGUUGA